AUGGGCAAGCUGCACAGCCCAUAUCGUAGCCGUGCUUCAAGUGGACUUCAGCAAAGAACACAACCCAUGGCAUUCCCCAUCUACAGAGCAAAACCAGUGGCCCUAUUUGGGCAGGGAAUUCAGUGCACGGUAUUGCCUCAUUCAGGACACAAACAACAAGAUGUGCAGAUCCUGGGGCCAAUUUGGCUGACCUGCCAGGGAAGAGAAGCUAAUUCAUACCCUCACCUAUGGAUCAUGCUCUACUUGCUGGGUCUCUUGGGAAACUUGCUACUUCUGCUGACUAUUGGUGCUGACAUCCGCCCCCACACCCCCAUGUACUUCUUCCUCAUUUGGCUCUCUGACAACCUGCUUUUGACUGCCAUGGCUAUUGACUGCUAUGCUGCCAUCUGCCAUCCUCUGCACUAUCCACUCCUAAUGACUCCUGGCGGAUGUGGACUGCUGACAAACAAACAAUUUAAAAUUCCCUACUUAUCCUGUGAUUUUGGUCCACUCUUUCAACUUUCUUGCUCUGAUGCCCACCUCAAUGAGAACCUAAUGCUGGUUCUGGCAGGACUUUUAGGAAUCAGCCCUCUCCUCUGCACCAUAAGUUCUUAUGUCCAUAUUUUACAUGCUGUAGCUAAGGCUCCAUCAGCACAGGGGAAAAAGAAAGCCUUGGCCACAUGCAGCUCCCACCUCUCCGUGGUCAUCCUCUUCUACAGCACGGUCUUUGCCACCUACCUGAAGCCCCCAUCCACCUCUCACUCCUCUGGGGAGCUGGUUGCUGCUGUCAUGUAUACCCUGGUAACUCCCACUCUCAAUCCUUUUAUUUACAGUCUGAGAAACAAGGAUGUGAAGAGUUCACUAAAAAGGGUUUGGGGCAUAGAGAGUUCUUUGGAUUAGGAAUAAUAAACAAAGUGCCCAUAAACAAGCAUUUGGGGGAAAAUCUCCACUUUUCACCAAAUUUACAGAGUCAGUUAAUACCAAGGCUGUCCCAGAGCGUAUAUGGUAUAUUGGAAAUAACACUAAAUAGAAAUUAGG